UCCGCCUGCCCGAGCGCGCGUUCAUUGGGCACCCGCGAGCGCAGGCCACGUGCCGCGCGGGGUGCAGCCACCGCGGCCCUGGCUCGGACGCCGGCGGGAGAGCCGGCCCGGGCGGGCGCGCUUACUGGACGGCCGGCUGCACUGCAGGCUCGGCCCUCGCGGAGCGCAGGCCGAGUCGCCUGGGAGCGGCCGGGGCAGCGCCGGCGGGAAGAAGGACCCCGGCCGGCGCGAGGCUUCUGGGAAUGUGGCCGGCGCAGACCAGGGACGCGCACCAGCGGGCUUCGCUGCUGUCCUUCUGGGGACUCGUGCCCAUGAGAGCAGAGCCUCUGCGAAAGAAGAAAAAAGUUGAUCCCAAAAAGGACCAGGCAGCAAAGGACCGCUUGAAAAAGAGGAUCCGACGGCUGGAAAAGGCAAGCCAGGAGCUAAUUCCCAUUGAGGACUUCAUCACGCCAGUCAAGUUCUUGAACAAAACAAGACAGCGGCCUCCGGCAGAGCUCCCCUUCGAGGAGAGUGAGCGCAGGGCCCUGCUUCUGAAGAAGUGGUCACUGUACAAGCAGCGGGAGCAUGAGGCGGAGAGGGAUGCUGUCCGGUCCCUGCUCCAGGCCCAGCAGGAAGCUCUGCGGGAGCUGCAGCUCACAGCCCCGGAGCUCCAUGCUGAGGCCACCAAACGGGACCCUGGUCUGUUCCCCUUUGAGAGACAAGGACCAGAUUACACGCCUCCCAUCUCCAACUACCAGCCCCCAGAAGGCAGGUACCACGACAUCACCAAAGUGUACACACAGGUGGAGUUCAAGAGGUAGAGCUGCUGGCAGCCGCGCCCAGAUGCCUGGGUCAGGCCUGCCUGUGACGGCAUGCAGUGAAUAAAUAUUUAAGAGCAA